UCAAAUUUAAACCAGUCUUAGACAAGUCAAAACAAAUGUCCGGAUUUUCUUCCACCUCCACAAAUCUUGACAUCAACUUUCUCUCUCCUCUCUUUCUUUAUACCAUAAAAAUUUAUCCCCCAAGCUCCAUUUUUUCCACCCUCUAAUGGUUUCAUGACACACUUUCCUCCCAAUUAAAGCCUCUCUUCCUUUACACUAAAAAUAAAUAAUAUAUAAAUAUAUAAAAAAGAAAAGAGUUAAAACGACGUUGUAACAAACUGAAUCUUGGGGCAGGAUGGCCUUGUCUCUUCUCUCUCUCCUGGGCCUCCUGUCUAUGUCUACGAUCCUCCUCCGCCCCGAUACGGCCAUGGCCACGGCCACGGAAAUCCACCUCCAGGGGGCCCUCCCGUCGUUCCGGGAGGCCCCUGCCUUCCGCAACGGCGCAACAUGCAGCUCCCAUGCAAUCCACGUUGUGAUGCCUCUGGACACCAACUACAUACGUGGCACCAUGGCCGCCGUGUUGUCGAUCCUGCAGCAUUCGACAUGCCCGGAGAAUGUGUCGUUCCACUUCCUCUCCGUCCACCUCGACACCGAAAUCUGCUCCCUCAUCAACUCCACAUUCCCUUUCCUCAGCUUCAAGAUGUACCAAUUCGACCCUGAUAGGGUCCGUGGAAAGAUAUCGAAAUCGGUCCGACAAGCCCUCGACCAGCCCUUGAACUACGCUAGGAUCUACAUGGUCGACAUCCUACCGCCCUCCGUCGGGCGCGUCAUAUACUUGGACUCUGACAUCAUCUUCGUCGAUGACAUCGCCAAGCUCUGGGGGGUGGAUUUGGGAGGGAAGGUGCUGGCGGCACCAGAGUACUGCCACGCCAACUUCACGAGCUACUUCACGGACGCGUUCUGGUCAGACAGGCAGCUAGCGAGUGUGUUCAAGGGGAGGCAGCCGUGCUACUUCAACACAGGGGUGAUGGUGGUGGACGUUGAGCAGUGGAGGAGGGGAGGGUACACGAGGAAGGUGGAGGAAUGGAUGGCGGUGCAGAAGCAGAAGAGGAUUUAUCAAUUGGGUUCUUUGCCACCAAUCCUGCUUGUAUUUGCAGGGAAUAUAAAGGGGGUGGAACAUAGGUGGAACCAACAUGGGUUAGGGGGUGACAACUUGGAAGGAAGGUGUAGGGGGCUCCACCCUGGCCCUAUCAGCUUGCUGCAUUGGAGUGGAAAGGGGAAACCAUGGCUUAGGCUGGACGCUCGGAGACCAUGCACAGUCGACUACUUGUGGGCCCCGUACGACUUAUACAGGUCGUCGCGGGUCGCCUUGGAGGAAUGAUGGGCGGACGUGAAACCUAAAUAUAUAUACAUGCAUCUCUGUCAAAGCAAAACGGUGUGUACCUGAUGAUGACAGUUAUGACGGAGUUGAUAUAUGCAUAGAGGAUGGGUGGAAUGGAGCAGAUUGUGUUGAUACUGAUUUUGGAACUCUCACCCUGUCCUCGGACGAACAGCCAUUUUGUAUGUAAACCUUCAGCUUAAUUUGUGCAAUAUAAUGUGUUCGUCUCUUGUUCAUCUUUAUGGCUGACUAGAGAAAUUCUAAUGUUCAAUCAUGGCAUUGCCAUAAAACUGAAAAUAGAGAAGUCAAGUGGCUUAAAUAGUUCAUCACAUCAUACCCAGUAAACAAACUCUCUUGGUGAACUGCACAUAAAAGCUGCCAACCAACCAAAAUUAUUGAAAAAUGUCUCAGAGAUUCACACAACGCUCCCCAACCAAUCAAUUCAGAUCUCUCGGAACAAAAUCAUAGGGAAGAAUAUAUAAAUCAUCUUCUGGUUGACAUUUAGUUGCUAACAAAUCCAGUCCAAUAUGCUGUAGCAGGUUGCCACAGUACUUGCGCAUGAACAGUUAAUUUGAUGACAGAAAUUUUCCAAGACAUGCAAAUGGGCAGACCAAGAGAUCAAAUUGAGUUUCAGCAUAUAUUCAGC